AAGCCGAGUUUCGCCUGGCCACACUGUUUGCCAAUACGUUUUCAAAGGGUAGCGCUGGAAAAGCUUAAAUUGGAGAAGCAUGUUGAUCACAGAUCUCAUACAAAGUCAUCCGUAUUGGGCCAUCGCAUUGGGUGCUGGCACCAUCCUAGCAUCCGAAGUGAUCUGGGGGGCGAUCAAGUAUCCCUUGCGCCUGAUCGGGAAGCUAAGGCCGCCGCGGGUCCACGAAGUUGUGUUUUUCAACGAAUUGGUAGAGAACUGUUACUCCCUUCACUACAAUAAUAUCAGGUCGGAUUCGGAGGGAUCGAUGGAACCCGACAGCCAGUGCGCCAACCCGUACUGUACCAUCAAAGGUAUUGGCAAAAUGGUGAAGCAGAUCGAUCAGGCAGUGUACGCCGUCGACAUUGCCAUCUACACGUUCACUUCGAUGGCUCUUUGCGAGGCACUCAAGCGGGCAUUGCACCGCGGCGUGUCCAUCCGGAUCAUCAGCGACAGGGAGAUGGUCUUCUCUUCCGGCUCGCAGAUCAAUCUUUGUGCUGACUUAGGUGUGCCGGUGCGCGGGCCUACCACCACGUUCCUGAUGCACCACAAGUUUCUCGUGAUCGACGGCGUGGAGCGGGUGCAGGAGAUCCAGCGCCUCAAGCAGCGCAAGUGGAUGCAGAACACCAGAAGCGUCUUAAUCAGCGGAUCUGUUAACUGGACGCGAAUGGGAUUUGGUGGCAACUGGGAGAACUGUAUUAUCACGGACGACAAGGUGCUGGCGGGCGCGUUCCAGGCGGAGUUCAAUCGUAUGUGGAAAGCGUUCAAGAGCUUGCGGGAAUAGGAAGGCAAGUAGAGGCCGAGGACUUCGCUUAAGAAACCUAAUAACUUUAGUAUUUGUUACUAAAUGAAAUAAAAUUAAUUUUGUAUGAAUACAAAGAAAAUACCAAUAAAGACCAAAAACUAAUUACCAAAAUAA